AUGGCUUUAUAUCAAGAUAAAGUUGUAUUCCGGUUUAAUAGUGUUUAUGAUUCUGUUAAUAUGAAAACUUUUUACUGGUACUUUCGUCCAGUGGCAAUUAUUUUAAAAAUGUUUGGUGUUUUCCCCAUACAAAAUGUUACAACAUUGGACACAUCACAUCUACAAUUUCGAUUUUUUAGUUGUUCUUUCUUGUAUUCCCUAAUAAUAUUUUGUCUCUACGCUUCUAUAAUUUGUUUCAUUUCAGGUUUUAUAUUAUAUAAUCCUGAAACAGAAAAGUAUCUUACUUAUGUUGUAUGUUCUAUAACUGGCAGAUCCAUUAUUUCUUAUCUUUUUUGUUUUCGUAAGUACCGAGAAUUACCAAGGCUGAUACGUCUUUUAGAUACAUUCGACCAAAAAAAGAACAAAAUUUUAAUCACUUAUUCUACUGGAAAGUACACAAUGCUUUAUCAGACUGUAAUUUCAAAAUCAGCAGCAAUAGUAGGACUUGCUCUUUCAUCGUAUCAUUCAUCUGAAUUAAUUAGAAGCAUAUUAUCCCCCACUAUUAAGGAAAUGUACAUUAGUUCGCUGGUAUCCGUGUUUUUCAGUUUUUUGACCACAUGGCAACUUUAUCCAUCUUUUCUAUAUAUUUAUUUUGCAGUGAAGAUCAAAUGCAAUUUCCAAGAAAUCAAUAAGACAUUGGAACUACGUAACAUUACGCACGAUUACUUUAACACAGUCAUCAAAUAUGAUUCAGACACACACCAAACACUUGCAGAUGUUCGGACAUUACAUAACAUGUUAUCCGAGUGUGUUCACGAGCUUGGAAAAUGUUAUGGAACCUACAUCGCUAUAGAUCACCUAUGCAUGAUAGUUUUUCUCGUGUUAAGUAUCAGCGUAUUUUUAUAUGAAAGCAACCAUGACAUACAUUUACUGUUUCUGACACUCGGACAUGUAGUCAUUUUAAUGAACACAAUCUUUACAUCGGAAUCUUUAAAGGAAACUGGUUCCGAAGUCAUUAACUUACUGCACGGCAUACCUUCUACGGCUAUAUCUGAAAAAUGCCAACUGGAGAUAAACGUGUUCCUAACUCAGCUAGUUGCUCGACCAAUCCAGGUUUCCGCAGCGGGAUAUUUCAUUCUUGACAAAAAUCAAACACUUGCUAUCAUGUCUGCCGUUGCUACUUACAUAAUUGUAGUUGUGCAAUUUGUACAAACAUCACCGCCCUGCAAUUUGACGAAUGUAACAUCAAUAAAAUAGUAUCUAGAAAAACAUACUAUAUUAGUCUAAAACAGUUGUAUGAUAU